AUGGCGCUUCCACCAGAGCAAAUCAAUAUCAAGCGUCGGCGCGAGGAAGAGCCGGUCGAGACCCUAUUCAUUCAAUCCGCUCUCCACCAAACCAAGCGGCGCUUCACUGACUUCGUCUUCCACAGAGUCACUCUGAACGCGAGCGAGAGCAGGAAUGGAGAUGCAUCCCCAAGUCCACCAACAACUCCAGCUGUGCAGCGGCUCCUGCGGAGCCCACGCUCAGUAAGCAGUCUUCAUGUAAAUCGGCGCGCGCCAGCAUCCUCGAUGGGCGUGCCCAUGGUGCGGGCCACCUCACCAGGGGCAGAAUUCCGCGAAGCGCAGCGCAUUGCAAAUGCACGCAAAGAAGCGGAAGAAAAGCACCGACGUGCCGUUUAUGGGGGCCCUUCUCCUUUCACUGACCUACAGCCCAGCUCUGAUGUCUCCCACCAACCCGUGGUGCGUGACAGCAGCCCGACGUCAGUGGAGACAUCCUCCAGCCGCGCGCAGGCUCUGCGUCGCUUCCAGAUCUCCCGCUCAAAUCUCAACUCACUAAGAAGUUCCCCUGGGGGGAUUCAGAAGCGACGCACUGGUGGUCCCGCUCCAGGUGUGGCUGUGCUCGUCGAGCAGCUGCAGCGGAAUGCGCACUCGCGCAAGGCAUCCAUGGUCUCAGAUCUGGUCACGGAAGCACGGGCUCUCUCGUUAAAGCCUAAGGAACUUGUCCAGGACAUCGACGCCAGACCCCCAUCACCAGUUAAGCCACGCAAACGGCCUGUCGUUAACCAGGCCGAGAAACGGUGGCGCGAGGAGCGCAAGGGUGCCAUCUCAGCUGCGAAGCAGCAUCUGUCAGAUACCUUGGAAAAAUCCGCUCAGACACAGCAGAUGAGCUGGGAUCAGGAGUCUGAACGUUUGGCCCAUGAUUUGGAGCAGGUCGCGCUGGAGCUCGAGCACGAGGCUAACCAAGACCAUGGCAUGGACAUCGAUGUCCCUGGGAAACCGGCUCCUCCUUCCCCUGCAUCUUUACAGCAUGCUCUCAGCCCAGCCCCUAAGCCCCCGUUGAAACAUCAGCCCCGGCAGCCCAAGGGACCAAGAGUUGCACCUACGCCACCGCAGCCUGCGGAGCAAAUUGAACAGGCUGUAGAGGCGGAUGACGAAGGCGACUAUGUCUACGAUGUUUACGUCCGGCGUCCGCUAUCGGAAGCUGAGAUGCUGAAGAAUCCACUCGCUGAAUACGAGUCCGACCAGCAGCAAAAGGAUAUCGCCAAGGCUCAGCCUGGAGUCGGUGUUAUUGUCAUUACAGCCGAGGACGAGGAGUACUGGGACGAUUUUGUCGAAGAUGACGAGGAGGAGUGGGAUAGUGAGGAUGCGGACUCUAAUGCUGAAAACCACCCCGGCAACGAUUACCCAGAUGAAGAAGCGUCGUCUGAUGAAGACGAAGACUUUGACUUUGACGACUCAGCGAGCGAGGAUGGCGGGGCUGGGUACAUGUCUCGUUACCGUGGGCACGUAGACUCGGACGAAGACUACUGA